AUGGCUACAAUGCAUCACGUCGCAAGGCUCACACGUCCACAGCGUAUAAGAUGUCGGCCUUGUCUGAUUUUUUCGCCAUUGCAGCUAGCGGGACGGUCCUAUACCCUCCCGGCGCCGAGAAAACACCAGCGGUCCGAUGACUACGAUCGCCUUCGCCCUAUGGCAGGCAGAGGGCUAGAGGAGCUGGACUACGAGGAGACUUUACAGUCGCUGGACAAGCCAAGGAUAGCCAAAUCGAGGAGAAGCCAAAACCGACUGACAGUAGAAGAGCGGACCCAAAGGAAGAAGCUGCCAUCUCUGUCCGAUCCGAAGUCUUUCAAGAAGUCAAAGAAGACUGGUGAUGCAAUCGAAGUACCGGCAGCCGGACCGUCUCAGCUGUCAUCGGGGGCGAGGGAGCAGCCUAUUCCGGAAGAAUUGGUGCAGGAGACGCCACAUGCCGAGUCAAGUACUACAGCUUUGAAGAGGGCGGAAAUACGUCGAAACGCAGUCGGCGUUCAACUGCUCUCGCCCUCGCUGCACUCCCAGCUCUUCCCCGGACCGGGUCUUCCACAACCACCCGACCGCCUUCUCAACAUCUCGAGAGAUCACCUUCGGACUCACGGGCUCUCUCCGGAAGGUGCCGCCAUCCUGCCCGAGAUCAACUUUACGAUGCCCCCCCUUCGCGGUCGGAACGUCCGAGAACACUUUAUCGCGCUGGGACAGGAAACGGCGGAACCGUACCUAAGCCUAGCGGAGGAGUUUGUCAAUGCGGAGCUCCCACCGAUGCCGGCGGUAUGGGAGAUGAAGCGGGCGGGAUGGACGCGGUACGGCCGGGAUGAGUCAAUCUCAGCCGUCCCGGACCUUGGGGACGAGAAGAUUGUCUGCUUUGACGUCGAGACGCUGUACAAGCUCUCUUCGUACCCCGUCAUGGCGACUGCUGCUACUCCGAACGCGUGGUACUCGUGGCUUAGUCCCACGCUGUUCGAGCCGCCCCCGUCGGAACCGGAUACGAAGCGUGAAUUCUGGGAUACCCGUACACCCCCUCAGCAUUGCCACGACCUCAUUCCCCUCUUUUCCGGUGACCACGAACGCAUCGUCGUCGGUCAUAAUGUAGGAUACGACCGGCAGCGCGUCAAGGAGGAGUACGACCUCUCGCGGACCGCAACUCGGUGGCUCGACACACUCUCCCUCCAUGUCGCCACCCGGGGGAUCACGUCGGUGCAGCGUCCGGCUUGGCUCAAGUACAAGAAGAACAAGGCGGAGAAGGUCAUGCUUGAGUCGGAGGCGCAUGCCGCCCUGCUUGAAGAGGCCGAGAUGGAGGGGGACGAGGAGAUGCUGAAAAGCCUUUCUCAGUGGGGAUCAUCCGGCGAGAGCGAUAUGGAAGCGCUGAAUAAUCGCUGGGAGGACGUUACGGCUGUCAACUCACUCGCGGACGUUGCGGCCCUUCACUGCAAGAUACCGGUCGACAAGUCCAUCCGGGAUCGGUUCGGGGACGAUGUGGUUACGCACGCAUCGCAGCUCGUUCCGGAGCUACACAAGCUCUUGACCUAUUGUGCUAGUGACGUGCAUACGACGCACGAAGUGUACAAGAAGGUACUGCCUCUGUAUAGGGCGUCCUGUCCCCAUCCGGCGACUUUUGCGGGCGUGUUGGCUAUGGCGAGCUCGUUCCUCCCAGUUAAUGAGAGUUGGGAGCGGUAUCUCAAAGCGGCGGAGGAGAAGUAUAUGGAGAUGGAUGAAGGGGUCAGAAAGGCGCUGAGAGUGUUGGCGGAGAAGUUGCGGAAAGAAGGAAAGCGCGAGGGGGAUGUGUGGGCGGAACAGCUGGAUUGGACACCCAAGUCGGCUCGGUGGACCGAACCGGACUCCGACAAUCCCGUGCCUCCGCCGCCUGAACAGGGCUCUCCACCUGCAUUACCCGCUACACCUUCUCCACCCUCCGACGCCCUUCCCGCCUGGUACGGUUCCUACCAGACCGACCCCUCCUCUCUCGUCGACAAUAAAGGCCAGCGCAAUCUCCUCCCUCUCAUCCUCCGCCUCUCUUACAAAUCACACCCCGUCAUACACCUCCGGGAACACCUUUGGUGCUUCCUCGUUCCCGAAGAUCGCCUCGGCGACUACAUCGACGCGCACGGCGAGCCGACCCAUCUCGGUCCGAAAGAUAUGCACCUCGAAAGCGUCGUCGAGGGGUAUGCGAUCUUCCGUGUCGGCGGGCCGAAAGAGGCAAGGAAGACCAAGUUGACGGGACCGGGAAUGAAGGGGUUGCUUAGCAAAGGGGAGUUGACGAGUGUGUAUCCGGAUCUGCUGGGUAGGCUGGUCUCGAAUAAGGCGGACGGGGUGACGGAGAUCAUGGAGGGCUUGAAGGUGGCAGUGGAGGAUAUGAAGAAGCUAGGGAAGGGGGAUAUCUGGGGUUCUCAGCUGGAUUGGGAGAUGGUCAAUCAUUCCAACGCUCAUAGCUCCACCUCGGUCACCGAAACCGGCAGUCCCUCCCAUCCCACCCCAUCCCUAUCGCCCCGAAAAUCUGCUCGCAAGUCGAAAACUCCUGUCAAGCCUCAGCUCGGGUUCUGGCCCAAGUGGUACUGGGACCUCACCGGUCCGGCCACCAGCUCCAAGAUCCCCUUUGGCGAGCUCGACCUCACUACCAAAAAGACGGUCGCUCCCCUUCUUCUCCGCUUACAAUGGCAAAAUCACCCCCUCAUCCACAGCCGGGAGCACAAGUGGCUCUACCGAGUCCCUAAAUCCACCGCGGACGACUCCCAGUUGUCCAGCGCAGUCUCCUCCCCGUCCUUGAGGAAGGAGCUGGCGGAGAACCACCCUACACUCGACGCCAGCCAGUACAUCUACUGCCGCCUGCCACACAAGGACGGCGAGGGCAAGAAUGUCGGCAAUCCCCUAUCCAAGUCCUUUGUCAAGGCGAUCGAGUCGGGCGAGAUGGCUUCCGAGGUCGCUGUAGGAGGUGACAAUACCAUCAUCCGUCAAGCCGCUGCGGACGCUACCAACAUGAACGUUCUGUGCUCGUACUGGAUGUCAUCGCGCGAGCGGAUCAAGCAGCAAAUGGUCGUCUUUGCGGACGAGGCGCGGACGCAGGGCAUCAUCCUCCCUCAGGUGAUCACCAUGGGGACUGUCACUCGGCGGGCGGUUGAGUCGACCUGGCUCACCGCGGCCAAUGCCAAGAAGAACCGGGUCGGCUCAGAGCUCAAGGCGAUGGUCCGCGCGCCACCGGGGUACGCUAUCGUCGGCGCCGACGUGGACUCGGAGGAAUUGUGGAUAUCGUCCGUCAUGGGUGAUAGCCAGUUUGGGUGUCAUGGCGCCACGGCGAUCGGGUGGAUGACGCUCGAAGGGACCAAAUCGGCGGGAACGGAUCUUCACUCCAAGACGGCCAGUAUCCUGGGUAUCUCGCGGGAUGCUGCCAAGGUCUUCAACUAUUCGCGGAUCUACGGAGCGGGCCAGAAGCAUGCGGUCCAGCUGCUUCUCCAGGGAGAUGCGAGCCUGACCAAGGAGGCAGCGGCGGAACGUGCCAAGCAGCUGUACAAGGCUACCAAGGGGACCAAGGCGAAUCGCGGCCUGACUAUGCCGCCCGCGGUACGCCCGUCCAUCUGGUACGGCGGGUCAGAAAGUUUCCUCUUCAACACGCUCGAAGCUAUCGCCCUUUCCGACAGACCUACCACUCCUGCGCUCGGAUGCGGCGUCACCCGUGCCCUACGAAAGUCGUAUCUUGAGGAAAGCUCCUCUUAUCUCCCCUCACGUAUAAACUGGGUCGUCCAGUCCUCGGGCGUAGACUACCUCCAUCUCCUCAUCGUCUCGAUGGAAUACCUACUCAAAACCUACAAUAUCUCGGCGCGAUACCUCAUCUCGGUGCACGACGAGGUCCGGUACCUCGCCAAAGAGGAGGACCGGUAUCGCUGUGCCCUCGCCCUCCAAAUCGCCAAUGCAUGGACGCGCGCCCUCUUCUGCUUCAACCUGGGAAUCAGCGAUGUACCCCAGGGCGUCGCAUUCUUUUCGGCGGUAGAUGUCGACCAUGUACUCCGGAAAGAGGUGUUUAUGACAUGCGAGACGCCCAGCCAUCCUACGCCUAUCCCGGCGGGCGAGAGUCUGGAUAUUGCGGAGGUGCUGGAAAAGACGGGCGGGACCCUGGGGACUGCACGAGAGGUGGUGCAGAGGGAGAUCGAAGAUCCGGGGCAGCCGGUACAGCUCUUCCCGGAUCUCACGUCCGAGACGCAUACGGCGUUUCUAGAGGCGCAAGCGGCGGGGAUUGGGGCAAAGGCAAAGAGGUGGUUGCUGGCUCAGCCGCCGUUGAAGGGUGAUAAGGUGUCGAGUUGA